UGGAGCCAGGUGGCCUGCAGCCCACACCACGCAUCGCGUAGUUGGCUCGCGGGACCCAGGCGUCAGCAUCGCGCCUCCCUCUCCCGAAGCUCGCGUCUCGGCGUCUGUCUCCUCGCACCUCGGCGCCCGGACCCGGAGCGAGCCUGAGGCGCGCGACAAAGCGAUGGCCUCGCCGGCGGCGGUGACGCGGCACCCUUCCCCCACCGUCCUUGCCUCCGGCCCUCGCUACUGCCGCCGCGGACAUCCACCCUCAAAAGUUGGCUUCCGAAGCUUGGCGCCACGGCUAAAGGUCAAUGCACUUUUUGGGUGGCCUAAGGGAGACACGUCAACACGUCAACUGAUCCCUCCUGCUGCUGAAUCAUAUACGCUCUCAGGGUCAGCCUUAGAGGUGGGUGCAAAACCACGUGAGGUGUCUAUUUCUGUUGCUUCUUCUAUCAUGGACAUUCCUGCUGCGGAUUGGGAUGCCUGUGCGUGUGAUCCAGAUGAUCCUGAAAACUUUAACCCUUUCCUUACUUAUGCAUUCCUCUCAAGCUUAGAAGAAUCACAUUCUGCAGUAAAGGAAACUGGCUGGUUACCUUUCCAUGUUGUUGCACGGGAUGAGAAUGGACAUAUUAUAGGUGUUGUUCCGCUUUACCUUAAAAGUCAUUCUAGAGGAGAGUUUGUGUUUGAUCAAUCAUGGGCAGAAGCUUACUACAACUAUGGCCUUGAAUACUAUCCAAAGCUCCAGUCCUGUGUGCCUUUUACUCCAGUAACUGGUCAAAGAAUAUUACUUCGAAAUACAUCAUAUCGUGAUCAAGUUUUUGAUGCACUUGUCAAAGGUUUGAUGAGCCUGACUACCAAGAUGAACGUGUCAUCAUUACAUAUUACUUUUCCGUCUGAAGGUGAAUUCAGCAAAUUGAAGAAUAGUGGGUUGUUACAAAGAAUUGGGUUGCAAUAUCACUGGAGAAAUCGGAAUUACAAGAGUUUUGAUGAGUUUCUGAUGGAUUUGAAGCAACCUAAACGGAAGAAUAUCAGACAAGAACGUAAAAAGAUUCCUGCUCAAAAUUUGCAAAUGAAGCGACUUCGUGGAGACGAAAUAAAGAGCAGCCACUGGGAUGCCUUCUAUAAAUUCUACCGUAACACAACUGAUAAUCAUUGGGGCCGACCAUACUUGACAAGGGAUUUCUUUCACCUCUUGGGCGAAAAGAUGGGGGAGAAUGUGAUGCUUAUUGUUGCUGAAAAAGAUGAUAAACUAGUUGCUGGAGCUCUUAACCUUAUUGGAGGUGAUACACUGUUUGGCCGGUUAUGGGGAUGCCUGCCAGAUGCUUACUUUCCCAAUUUGCAUUUUGAAGCUUGCUAUUAUCAGGCGAUUGAAGCAGCCAUAGAGUUAAACCUGAGUAAUGUGGAGGCAGGUGCUCAGGGAGAGCACAAGAUCCAGCGUGGUUACCUCCCAGUGACAACUUACAGCUGCCACUACUUUUCAAAUCCUGGUUUUGCGGCAGCUAUUGGAAAUUUUCUUACACAUGAGACGGCUCAGGUUAAGCGUGCUAUUAAGGUCCUUCAUGAUUCGGGUCCAUACAAGGAAGACAUACUGAAAGAAUUUGCAGCUCAACAAGGCAUCGACCUGUAGAACACAGAAGGAGCUAACACUUUGCAUACUGUUUUAUAGGAUUAGCAUCUUUUAUGUAGCAACAGGAAUACGGGUAAUCCCAUCAACUAUACCAAAUUACGGAUCCGACAUUUGUACACUGCUAGGAAUGUAAAUAUUCAACAUGUAAAUCUAAAACCAUUGGCUCCAAUGGUCAACAUCUAAACCCAAACAUUCUGCGAUACUAUGCAUCUCUGCGUCAGAAUUCAGAAAUGCUUUCUGGGCGCUAUUACCUCAGCCUUAAAUAAACCUAGCCGUCAAGUUGGGAGCUAUAGCUA